AUAUCUCUCAAACAAACUCAAGGAAAAUAGAAAGAUAAGAAAAUGAGGCAGGCUAGAGGGUCCAGGUUCCACUGCAACAAAAAAAACUUGAUUCUCCAUCUUCACUUAGAUAUGGCUUGGGUACAUGAAAACCCGAACCUUGUUUCCCAUGGAUUUGGGCGGCAAGUUCGACUUGAACUUAGCUCUCACAACCCCACUGUUUCCGUGAGGCCGGCAUACUUUUCCCCAGAUACAUCUGUAGUGGGAGUCAUUCUUCUUUGUCUUAGCCUUGUAGACAUAGGCCAUCCUCUUUCCCAAGUACUAGCUCACUUCCUCCUUCGUGUUCACUCCCUCGAUCUGAAUCAAUGAGGUGUUCGGGUACAGGUUCGACUUCGAUCUCUUGUAGCCGAGGACAGUUCCCCUGACAUAGAGCCUGAUGCGCUCUCCUUGACGUCCCUUCACCAUUUUUCCCCUGGAAUGGAACCCUAGUUUCAGACGAAAGAGAAGACGGAAGAAUGGAACCCUAAUUUCAAAAGAUAUAUAUAUAUAUAUAUAUAUAAAGAAUGCUCUCUCUCUCUCUCUAGAUCUCUCUUAGGCUAGGGUUACGCCGACCGCCGCUAUGGCGGUCCGGCGACCAUCUUCCAUACAUGACCACCACUCUCCCUCAACCUCCCAAAAACCGCAGCUUCUACGACAUAGCUCUCAAAGGCGACUUCAAACCAGCGACAAAAUUCAACAAUUUGUGUGCUAUGUUUGUUCGCACAAUUGUGGGACGUUUCACCAAGGGCAGACCUUGCCUUAUUUCAAUCCGUAAGGCCUUUGAGCGAAUCGCUUUUGAAAAGAAUUUUACUGUAAGUUUUCUUGAUGAAACUCAUAUCUUAAUCAAUUUCGAAUCUGAGAACGAUUUUCUGAGAUGCUUGCUGCGAAAAUACUGGAAGAUUAAUGGUUUUGUUUUAAAAGUGUUUCGCUGGACUCAUGAUUUUGACCCUGCCAUUGAUUCCCCUCUAAUUCCGGUUUGGAUUAGUCUUGAAGGUCUUCCAAUUCAUCUCUUUGACUCUCUGGCUUUGUAUUCCAUUGCCAAUUUGAUUGGUAAACCUCUGAAAACAGAUGCUGCAACAGCAAGCCUGUCAAGGCCAUCUGUUGCUCGUAUUUGUGUCGAGGUUGAUACCAGCAAAGACCUGCCCAAUGGUGUCUGGAUCCAUCUUGGCCAACUUACAUUUCAUCAACCAAUCAUUUAUGAAGAUCUUCCUGAAUAUUGCCCCUCCUGUAAAUCUUUUGGACAUAAAAAUUGCAAAAAGGCCACAACCUCUAGAUGGGUGGUGAAGGACACAACAGGGAGUGGGAAUAUAGCACCUGCUGUAGCCGUCCCUCCGUUGUUGCUCCAAGCUAAUUUGCAGCUGGUGGAUAAGCAAGAUGAUGCUCUGAAUCAUGAUGGUCCAAAAGAGGAGGAGACCACUAUUAUGGAAACUUGCUCCUCUGCCCAGGCCGAAACACACUUGGUACAAUCUGUCCAGGUUGAAACACACUUGGAACAAUCUGUCCAGGUUGAAACACACUUGGUACAAUCUGUCCCAAAAUCUGAUGUCAAUGGGUUGGAACAAAUAUUAGUUCAUGCAGCCGAAACCACUGAAUCUGAAAACGAGGAACAAUCUGCUAUAGAUACAGUUACACAUAAGGCAAGUGUUGAAGCUUUGGCAACCACCAUUGAUAAUGGUAGGGAUGCUGAGGCUCCCGCGCCAACUGACAGUGCUGAAAACAAAGGUGUGUUGGUUGAGAUUGAACAACUCCAGGUUAUUGAGGAUGCUUUUCAGAACAACAAAAAUCCUCCUAACAACGACCCUAAUUUCGGGACUGAACAAAGCUCGAUGGGAAGAUCUUCCCAUCGAUGGGUAAGCGGUCCCUUAGCCAAACCAAUUUCCAGAACCAUGCCAAACAGCGAUGGGAAGUUCUACCCAUCGCUGUUCAAGCCUUGGUGCAAAAUUACCACAAGGCAGAACGACCUUGCCCAGCGAUGGGAAGCCUAUCCCAUCGAUGGGAACCCAGCGAUGGGAAGCUUGUUUCCCUUGGUUGUACGAAGGAAAGGUAUUUUCCUUCGGGUUGAAGUCUUGGAGUGUGGUAUCUCCGAGCAAGGUUAUGACUCAACUACUAUUGGACCAAUUCUUGAGUCUUUUGAGGUGGAUGGUGAACAUUAUGAAAUCAGGUCCUACGUUGAAGAAGCAGAGACAAGUAAUCAAAGGGAGGAGCCUAACUUCCAAGAUGUCCAGAGCAGACGCAGCAAAAAAGCGGGGAAGAGGGGAACUGCACCAAGGACGAUUAAAACCAGAAGCUACGAUCCAAACCUUGAAGUUGGAACGGUGAGCGAGAUCACUAGAUAUUGGCCUAGCCGCAAAUCAACUACAAUGGAGAAAAUCGUCAAUACCGAAAGUUACUCUGGGCCCUUUUGGUACGUUGGACCCGUCGGCCCAAUUGGGGCAGAUGGGAAAAGGCCAAAGAAAAUAAUGCCCAGAAACCUUGCUUUGGAUCAGCACCCGGGUUUUAUAAUUUGGGAAUGACCAUCUGUUUAUCUCUCGUUUCAUUUCUCAUUCAGUUUUCUUUUUCGUGCAUUUCUAGAGGGGCAUUGGCCUAGUCCUCCCCUCCCUGUACCUUUCUUUUACCUUU